AUGGUUUAUACAUUCACAGCCUGGUGCAAUUCACACUUGAGGAAAGCUGGCACAAGCAUCGAGUUGAUUGAAGAGGAUUUUAGAAAUGGUUUGAAGCUGAUGCUUUUGCUGGAGGUGAUCUCAGGCGAGCCGCUGCCACGUCCUGAUCGUGGCAAGAUGCGCUUCCAUAAGAUCGCUAACGUCAACAAGGCCCUCGAGUACAUCGAGAGCAAAGGAGUGAAGCUCGUCUCUAUUGGAGCUGAAGAAAUUGUCGACGGCAACGUUAAAAUGACACUAGGUCUCAUCUGGACGAUCAUUUUGCGCUUUGCUAUUCAAGACAUCAAUGUCGAAGAAAUUGUCGACGGCAACGUUAAAAUGACUCUAGGUCUCAUUUGGACGAUCAUUUUGCGCUUUGCUAUUCAAGACAUCAAUGUCGAAGAAUUGUCCGCUCGCGAUGGUCUCCUGCUUUGGUGCCAGCGAAAGACAGCCCCAUACAAUAAUGUGAAUGUGCAAAACUUCCACACUUCCUGGAAGGAUGGUCUUGCUUUCUGUGCACUUAUUCAUAGGCAUAGUUUUGGGAAUGGCAUCUUCAUAGUAAAGUUUGCAAGCACUUUUUGUUACAAGGCACUAAAUAGCUUGAUCGUAUACGCAUCAUUCACAAACAGCAAAACCCUUGUUGUGGAGUAUUUUUCUAUUUUCCGCUUAAAGGGCAGGCGGAAUUUGCAUAUUUUUGAUAUAUUAUUACUAAUAGUUGCAAAAGUAUGGUAUCCUUGCAAUACACUAGAGGCGUGA